CUUGACCUUCAAUCAUAAACAAAAGUCGCACUGAAAAUGGCGGAGGAAGCUGCAAGCUCGGAAGCGGGAACAGGCAGUAUAAUGUCUCGAUUUGUGUCAGAACUUUUUGGAAGUCCACUGAACAUUGCGUUACUUGGAAUAUGCGCAUUUUUAUUUUAUAAAAUUGUGUCGAGUAACCGGAAAUCUGCUGCACCUCCACCUCAAGAACCCGAAUUGCCAAGGAUGAAGAAAAGGGACUUUACACUGGAACAACUGCGUGAAUAUGACGGGAAAGGUCAAGAUGGCAGGGUUUUGGUAGCAGUCAACACAAAAGUGUUCGACGUAACGAGAGGGAAACGGUUUUAUGGACCAGGAGGACCAUAUGCAGUAUUUGCCGGACGGGAUGCAUCAAGAGGACUGGCCUUAUUUUCAUUGACAGAAGAAGCCAUAAAAGAUGAAUUUGAUGAUUUGUCAGAUCUAACCACAAUGCAGAUGGAGAGUGUGCGGGAAUGGGAAAUGCAAUUUACAGAAAAAUAUGACUACAUAGGUAGAUUACUGCGGCCGGGAGAGGAGCCAAGGGACUAUACAGACACAGAAGAUGAGCCAUCAUCUGAGGAAAAGAAAGAUACUGACAAGAAAAAGGACUGAUCAUGUGAUGGCACAGUCUCAUACAUAUCUGGUGCAAAAGGAACUGCUCUAUAGAUAUAUAUGAUGUUCAAUGUAUUUCGUCCAUCUCUCAGCAUCUGGUGUUCAGCUGAUUAAAUUCCUCCUCAGCAUUCCAAACUGACUUGUAAAUGUAAAACAGAUUUACUGUUGAAAAACUUUGUUCAGUUUCAAAAUGUUUUUCUCCACUACUAAAGUAACACAAAUUGUAUAGUAUUGGAAAAUAUUGUUUUGAAGGUAAAAAAAACUCACAUGACUCAUCAAAAUUUUAGUUAGAUAUCCAGCAUUGAAACCAGAAGCCUAAGGAGAAUUUUUUAUCGUAAUGUAACAGGCUGGGAGGAAUGUAUAGUCGAGAAUGAAACCUGAGCAUUCAUUUCAUUUUCACAGUGCCAAUGUCAUCAUUUUUGUCAUCUUCAUUGCUAUCAUCACAUCUCAUUCACCAUGGAACCAUACAUUCAUGUUAGUAUUUUAUGAAAUUGAUUGUCCUAGUAGAGCUUGAUUGCUCUCAUAAUUUUGCUAGCUUUAGAACUGUCAUUAGCUGGGACCAUGAAAUGGUACCAUGCACUAUACCUUAAUCCUGUACCUUGCUUGUCAGUAUUUUUGUACAGAAAGAUUGUGGAAUUAAAAGAUGUUGUAUUAUCAGCAUGCUGGAAUUUGAAAAAUAAAAUGAAGAUCAUCAUUUUUAGCUCACCUUGACCGAAGGUCCGGUGAGCUUAUGCCAUGGUGCGGCGUCCAUCGUCCGUCCGUCAA